GUUUCAAAUAGUGUGGAAAAGGCAGCAGCAGUCUCCCAGUGCGAUGACGACCGCCGUGGAAGCAUGGACCGCCAAGCAGUUGACGCAUUUGGGCGUGGACAGUGUGUUUGCGCCGUACGUCCUCGGAAUGCUUGACAUGGAAACCGGUCCGACCUCCAGCUACGACGACGAAGACGAGAAGCGCCAGGAAGUCCUCGACUUGUUGAUGGGAUGGCUCGACGACUCGCACCAGGCCCAAGCGGAGAAUUUCGUAGACGAACUGAUCUUGUACAUGAAGAAUCCCCAGCAACUUGCACUGUUGAACGACACGCCAACGGUGGUGGAUGUUGCCGCCGCCGCGGCUGCCAAGGAGGAGGAAGAGUUUGCUCGACUCAAUGCCACGGCGUCAUCUUUCGUGCCACGAGACGAGGCACACGCCGAUGCACGCACCACUGACGGCGCCGCCGACGACGAUGCGUUUGAAUUCGACGUGGAUGACGAAGAAGCGUUUUACUGGUCUGUCGCGUAUGAGCUCGUGGAGCAGCUGCUGUUGGUGUUUCCUGUGAUGGACCCGGAACGGUUGUUGGAUUUACUCAAGGAAGUGGAUUUGAACGUGCAUCGCGCGCAGGCCACCAUGCAAGGCAUUGUCGACUCGGAGUUGUCCAAGGGCAACAACGCGCAAGUGUGUCGCCAUUACCUUCAAGGGGACUGCCGCCGCGCCGACUGCUGGUUUCUCCACGACACGCACUUGAUCCCGUGCCGGUACUGGAUCAGAGGCGGGUGUUUGCAAGGGGACGAGUGUGCGUUUGCCCAUUCGUUCGCGGUGGCAGUGUCUCAGUACUCGUCGUCGGUUGUUGCCGACACGGACGAGCACGACGACGAAGAGCCGCUCGAGUGGAACUUUCCCGCACUUGGGGGAUUGACAACGACAGUGUCGGACGACGGGUUGUCGCUCAACUUUAAACGGGCGGUGGCCAUGGCGCCAACUUCGUCGUCAUCCUAUGGAGGCAGCAAUUCGUGGUUUGGUAGUGCCACGUCGGCCAAUCUGACACAUAAGAAGCAAUCGAGCGUACCUGGUAAAUCGACUAUGUCCAUCACGCAAUGGGUGGAAACGGGCGACCAAGUGGCGGUGCAAUACCAACGAGCCCGCGCCACCGCCCGGGACUUGGCGUUGGCUCGUAACCAAUGCUUCAUGAACGCGACCCGCGCAUUUCGAGCCAACAACAAGGCGGCGGCCAAGAGUUUGUCGCGGCAAGGACAACAGUUCAACGCCGAGAUGAAGCAAGCGCAUUUCGAAGCCGCGACCAUCAUCUUCAAUGCACGCAACCCACAAUACGAAGUUGACGGCAUCGUGGAUCUCCACGGCCUUCAUGUUGUAGAGGCAGUCGAGUUGCUCGCGUGGCUGCUCCCAAGCAUCAAGACGCGCGAAGCUAUCUGCGUCGUCACGGGGUCGGGCCACCAUUCGCACCACCAGCGCCUGCGACCAGCUGUCGAACGUUUCUUGGCUACCGAAGGAUACACAUUCACAGUCGUCCCUGAUAGAAAAGGAUAUGUCGGCAUGCUCAAUGUAUCGUUGCGUUGGUGACAUCUUUGUCUUGACAGGCUGUGCCCCAACUUGUGUGUGCUUUCCUACUACA